GGGUGGAGUGUAGUGCUUCAGUCAGACACACACCCAAACACAGCGCAGGGCACAGCGGGUUCGACAGGUGAUAGCAGAGGUUCAGGUGGUGAACACACGCCAACACCCAUGAUGAAGAUGCUCCUCAGCUUUGUGCUCCUCUCCCUCCUCUUCCCUCCAGCUUUGGCCCUGAAGUGCUACAUGUGCACUGCUUCUACCACCAACGAACAAUGCAACCAGAACACUCAGGACUGUCAGUCACCGCAGGACACGUGCGUGACGCUUGUCGCCAUUUUAGGUGGAGACAAAGCCAUAGUGAAGCAGUGUGCCAGUUCGGCCAAUUGCACAGCAGCUGCCGCGUCCGCCUCAAUCGAUGAAGACGGAAACGGAGUCACCGUCAACUGCUGCAACAGCAUCGAUUUGUGUAACUUUAGCGGCGCCGAGUCCGUCCGCGUGCACACGACACUUCUGCUUCUCACUGUAGUUGUGAUACGACUGUUGUCACUGUGACGUACCAACUCUGUGUAGAAGCGGAGGAGGCUCUAAGUUACUCUGCUGCUCUGUAUAGGACAUUGCUGGGAUAAAUGUCUCUGAACAGAAUGUAUCUAUACAGGCUGUAAUAUUAUAUUACUUAAAAACUGUUUAUCUUUCUAAUUCUAUUGAAGACUGUGCUGUAAACACACAAAGCUCCUAUUAAUACACCUGUAUAUACAUGAUUGACAUAUUAACCUGUUCAUCCCUCUUAAUAUACAGUCUAUGGUCCAUCCUGUGGCUGUACUGCACAUCAUGAGAAGGCUAAAUGUGACUGUAGAUUCAAAAGAUCCAUGGUACAUAUUGUGUUUAGUAACUUUGAGACUCACUAAGGUACUAUGGUAAUAUAUUCAGAGCGUGAUCGAGAACUCACACAACACACACACAAGUCUGGUCCAAUGAAAAGCUGUGUAUUUUAUGGAUCUUGCGUAUGUGUGUGUGGCAAAAUUGGACCCAUACUCUAAACUCAACAGGAGAUCUGCCAUUUUGAAUUUAUUGGUAAAUAUUUUGGUGAAAACUUUGCAUGUCUGAUAAGAUUAUUGACCUGAACUAAGCCUCGAGUUUGGGAUUUUGUCCAGCGCCAUAUUCAUAAACCUUUUGCAGCAAAUAUAGACGCCCUCUUCUGGUCAUUCAAGAGAAUACAGGUUUCAGGCUCUCCCUUAUUAACCCUUCACCAGAUGACACAAUCCUGGGCCAAAGCAGUCUCAUAAAGUCUAAUUUUGGGCUUAAUUAUUUUUUUCAAUAUUAUAGUAGUACUUAAAUGAAAUGUCAUUUUAUGUCAGGGAUUGUUUCCCCUCCUUUUUUGAAAGGAUCAAAAUGGACUACAACAUGGAACCUCCCUUCACACACCAACAUUAACCAACUAACUAAUUUCUAGAAAUAAAGAAUGUGAAAGGAUUGAAAACAUAAUAAAUCUAUCUUGGAUAAGAA